AUGGAGGUCUCAUACCCCAGCUCGGCAUUGGAGCGAAAUAUCAACAUGGACCAGAGCACAGCAGACAUGGAGCUUGACAGCAUGGACCUCGACAUCGACCUAGGAUCCACAGACGAUUUCAAUGAGCCUUUAGCCGUCACAAACACAAUCUCACAAAUUUCGAUUCCUCCAAGUCAAGUAUCAGACUCUGAGCUAGUGGGCCACAAGAUUCACAUCCGUGGCCUUGAGGACUUGACCACGUCUGACAUCAAAGCCUUUUCUUGUGAACAUUACCCGUUCAAAGCCCCACUUCGCGUUGAAUGGAUCAAUGAUAUAUCGGCAAAUCUCGUGUUUGAAGAGGAAAAGACUGCCAUGACAGCACUUCAGCAUCUCACACUUCCGUCCAAUGACAACGACUUCCUUCCCCUUUCACAAUUGCGCGCUGCCAAAACCCUGUCCACUCACCCUGGAUCUUCUCUGUACGUCAGAAUAGGAGCGACUACAGACCAAAAACGUCCGCGAGCGUACGAAGCCAGCAGAUUCUACAUGAUGCACCCUGAACAUGAUCCCAGGGAGCAGCGCCGUCGAGGGGGAAGCUUCCAAGGAAAUGGCGACUAUCGUAGGAAAGGAUAUUCGGGCGAUGAGCAUCGGCGAAGGAGGCGGAGAGACAAAGAAGACGGGUUUGAUGAGUCAAUGUAUGAUGAUGGCGACCCUUCGAGCAGGCGUGGCUCGAUCUCGUCAUCUGCGAAUGAACGUAGCAUUGAGGGAAAAAGAAACGCUCGGCUUCGUGGCGACUCCUACCGGCCAGCUGGAGAUGAGAGGAACGGUGCUCGUACCUCUCGAGACCGCAGCGCGUCACCAAACAGACGCAACCAUCCAACUCCACCUCCGAUCUACCGCUCCCGUGAUCCUCACCCCUUUCCUUAUGAGAACAAAGGCAAAGAGCUUUUUCCAUCGACAUCCAGGUCUGAUCGUAAUGAUAAGGACCUUUUUAGCAGUAAAAUGAUUAUUGCGGACGUCUCCAAGGGGCUCAACUCAACGAAGUCUGCGUUGCCUCGCGAGGCAGCACCCAGUGGCAAAGAUCUUUCCAGCAAUAGAACGCGUGCUGCAGAAGUGAAAAAGGAGCUCUUUCCGCACAAGGUCAAUCCAAGCAAACAUAGCCGCUCUGAUGCCUUCGACGCCGCGGAUGAGACAGCAGAUCUCUUUGCGAAUGGAAUGUCGGUGCCUUUCAUGGAUGGACCUAGCUCUCGCAAGAGUCCCGUUGAUCGACUGAGAUCUUCGGGCUUCCAAUCUCAAGUUGAUGGUGGAAAUAUUGGUACUGGUCUCAAUAUUCGAGGUGCAUCGAGGGAGCAGAACCAGGGUUUCUCAAUCCGCGGUGGGGCGGCUGUCAACGCGAUUGGGACGAUCAAAGAGCUUUUUCCAGGAAAGGCUGCAGGUAAUGCGGGAAAAGAGCUCUUUGCGGAGAAGGUUGAGGGAAGAGGGGGGAGAAGGAAUCGUGCAGAGGACAUGUUCUACUGA